CGUAAAUUCGAGAACAAGCGGCUCUUCAUUCUCUUGGGUUUACAAUUGAAGGUCGAAAUUUGAUGAGGACCUUCAGAUUUUACAUGAACAAAAGACACAAACGAAUCCCUAAAGAGUUUGCAGUUGACAAACUGUUGUAAUGACCUCGAGUGUAAUCCCAAAAUAUAAGCAAAUGGCUGCAUGUGACCCAGAAAGGUCAGAAAGGCCCGCCCACUAGUUCAAUUUUUAGGUAUAAAUGCACGGGGAACACAAACUGGAUCGUCAUUCGACUACUUCAAUCGACUUGAGGAACUUCAUCCAAUACGCAGACCCAUCAACUUUAGUCGUACAACAUGGCUUCAUCGGACCGAAUUCUCCAAGUCCUCUUUAUCCUGGGAAGCAUUCUGCUGAUUACCUUGGAUAGUUGCAAUGGCAUGGUGCUAAAUAAAAAUGCGAUAGAGAAGUCAACCGACCUCAAAGAAGAUCUCGAACAAAAAUUUAACACGACGGUAGUAAAGGCAGUGGAAACUAAAACGUUCUUGAUGGACGUAAUGUCUUUUUCAAUCAACAAAACGGCGAAUGUGCUGUUGGCCACUAAGCAGCAUUUUAAAGAGGCUAAGGAUGCCUUCAAGACGAAAAUGUCAGCGUCUGUCAACAAAACUGCACACAAGCUGGAGGAAAUGAAAGAUGAACUGCACAGUCAUAAACGAGCCAAAACAACGACCAAGCAGCCCGGUCAAAUCGUUUACGUAACGAGGGAUUACCUUGUGGCACCAGUGUUCCCAAUGGCAAACGAAGCUGCUACAUUCCCUAUGUUAUCCUCUGAGGUCUCUAGGAAUUUUGUACCAACAGGUAUUUCAAACCAUUUUGCGUAAAACAUGUCCUUGAAAAUCCUCCUUCUUCGGUAACUGUUCAUAAAUUGUAUCCCUCUUUGUAAAAAUAUAUUGACAUGUCACCUUUA